AUGAUGCAUCACGUUCGCGGCCUGCUUUUGCUGGCUGCCGUUGGCCUUCUGGCCCUGGCUUCGCCCACUGUGGCCGACCCGGCGGUCCCAAUCUGGACUGGGGCUUCGCUGGCUGAAGCCGUAGCCCUCCCCACCCAUCACAACCUGAUGGAAAGCCCCCGUGCCUUCUUCACCGAGUGGAUGGACAACAUCAAGACACGCCUCCGCCCUCUCUAUGCCGACAAAGUGGAUGCCACCACCGCCUUUGACUGGAUCCCCGUCUUUCUCGGCGACCUCAAGGCUGAGGAGGGCGCCACCCUCCAGUGGAGUACGCCAUGCUACCAACAAGCAAGCGCCGAAUUCCGUGGCAGUCUCAAUGGCCAGCCUGCAAUCAUCAUUAGCGCCCUAUUUCCCACUGCCGAGUGCGAGGAAGAGGUUUACGGCAUUGCCACCAUCCAUGGAUUGGCUUUGCACGUUCUCAAGGGCGAUGCAACCGUGGAAUUCAACUGGACAGCCACCAUCACAGAGGAUGAGGCCGAGUGGAUUCGCAACAACGGCUUUCGCAUGAUGCGCCUCAAGGGAUCCGUUGAUGCGAACCUCGAAUCCGUUUUGGCGACGGCUGAACUCUUCCUGCCUGCUGAGCUUACUGCUGAGGUGUGGAAGCGCGUUGAGGCAUACAACGUGGACUUUCUUCGUGCCAAAGCCUUUUACAACCUCACCCUUCGCGAAGUGACCGACAACAUCCCUGACGAGGCCGACAUUCAGGACGGCGACUUUCUCGGUGUUUUGCGUCUUGAUGGUUUGGAUCCCAUGUUGGCUUGGGCCAUGGGUGCUCACACUGGUCACACGACCAUCGCGAUGCGCUUCGACGGCGAACUGUACAUCUGCGAGUCGACUACGUCAAGUGCCUAUUGGCCCACCAACCACAUUCAGCGCACGCCUUAUCGCCAGUGGAUCGCUCAAGCGAAGAAUGCUUCCUACAAUGUGGUGCAUCUCCCCCUCAAUGACGAGUACCGUGCCAAGUUUAACAACACAAAAGCCACCGAAUGGUUCUUGAACGUGGCGGAAGGCCUGCCUUAUGGCUACGCCAACAUGCUUUUCACAUGGAUUGACACCCCCGAAGCCAACUACCCUGGCACCUUGGACUCGCAUCUGCACGAGCUUCUGAUUGGCUUUGCCAAUGCCAUCAGCUAUGAGCUGUCCGGGCUUUUGUGGGAUCGCGCGCUUAACAAGCGGUUGAACACGGUCAACAUGACAACCGUUCCUCUCCUCAACCUGGCUCACUCACGCAACAUCUCCUUCACCGAGCUCAUGGAGAUGCCCGAGCAGGACGAGUGGCAAUAUGAUGACGGCUAUAACAUGGUCUGCGAUGUGUUGGUGUGCGAAGCCUGGAAGGCUGGUGGCCUUUUCGGCGAUCUCGAUUUCCAGUGCACUGAGUUUACCAACUGGGAUGACUACACACUCGCCAUCUUCAACACGACGGCUCCACCGGCCUAUUGCCAGCAGAUUGAUCCUGGACUGCCGUUUUGCCAGAUUUUGGGUGACUACCGCAUGAGCCUGCCCACCUACAAUAGCCGUCCGAUGGUGGCGCAUAUGGCAGAGCGCUGCCCACGUGGUACCCCACCCGAUUUUGACAAGCCCGCUGGCUGCUAA